AUGCAAUUCACUUAUCUUUUGUUUGAUAAAUUGAAACGAAAUUACCUUAUUCUUUUCACAGCAUAUUGUCAGAAACACAAUACAACUAAAACAUGUCAAAAUGCAUCAAAAAAUAAUAUAACAUGUUUUUGGUGUGAAAGGGCUAAUAGAUGCAUUGAAAGUAAUGAUCAGGAUACUCAUAAGUUGAAAGAAAAUGAUUGCCGUAUUAAGAAGAGUCCAGAUGUUGACAAUCCGAGCACAACAACACUUCUCGAACACAUUGAAACAACCGUUGAGAUCACCGAUGUUCAGGUAAGAGGAGACGUCAACAAAACAGCCAAAGAAACUGAACAAUACUCCAAUAUAACUACCGAAAUUACCAUAGAGAAUCCACAGAAUAAAUUACUCUGGUACUUAUAUAUUGUCAUACCACUGGCUGUCUUCUUCUUUGCUGUAUGCAUCGGUUGUAUUAUUUGGAGAUGGUUGCACAGAAGAAAAAGAAGUAAUGAAUGA